UGUUUUUGGAAGAGAGGAAGAACUAAGCUCGACUUGCGAGGUAUAGUGGUCAAAGAGCGUUGAGUAUCUGGCAAAGAGAUGACCAAAGGGAAGAGAAAGAGAGAGAGAGAGAGAGAGAGAGAGAAAAAGAUAAAGAAGAGAUAAAAAAAGAGAUAGGGUGAAAUAGAAGAGGAAGGCUCGUUAAAGAUAGGAGGGUCGAAUAAGCUCGUCUGAGGGUGGUGGUAUCGGAGUGGGGCGAUGAGUUGAUUUGGUAGGGGAAGACGAAUGAAGGAAGCGCAGUACCGGUGCGUGCGGUGAAGAGACAUCGCACGGAGUGGGGAGAAAGCACACAGCUGGGUCGAAGGCGGCGAAUAGUGGGGGAAGUCGUUGUCCUCGGUAUCUUUACGCGAGUCACGAGAGCGGCUCGUCAGUUCGACGCGGAACGCGUUGCUAUUCGUAUUGUUGUGUUUUUGACGUUUCUUUCUCCCUCUUUAUUUCUUCAUCUCUCUCUCUCUUUCUCUCUCUCUUUCUCUCUGUCUCUCUCACCUCUCAUCGCGUUCUAUCACAUUCUCACCCUCUCUCUACACACAGUUUAUAUAUCGCUCGGUCUCCUCUCUGUUUCCUUCUAGUUCCCCGGUUUCUUUGUUUCUCUCGUUUUCGCGAGGGAUAGUCACACACGCACUCACUCACUCGGAGGGCCGCUCCUGUGACACGUAAUGGUGCGCGCGAUUCAUAUCGGAGCGAACGCACUGUAACGCGAGGAACGCUCCGCCCUAUGAACGUCGAGAGAGUCCAGUAUCAAGAAGGAAAGGACGCCUGUGGCAACAACUGUGGUUUCGUUUUCCUAAGUUGUUGCCGCCACCGCUGCUACUGUUGCUGUUGCUGUUGCUGCCGUUGCUGCCGUUGCUGCCGUUGCUGCAUCUUGCGUUGAUAUCGCGGAGCAGUUGAUCUUCGAGAGUGCCUAAGCAGAAAGAAGAAGAAGAAGAAGAAGAAGAAGCAACAGAAGAAGCAGAAGAAGAAGAAGGAUAGAACCGGUUGAAAAAGACGUUCUAGGUGGAAGAAAGGAAAAGGAGAAGGAGGAGUAGGAGGAGUGAAGGGGAGAGAAAGAAGGAUCGAAAGGUUGAGCGACCCUGAAAGGGGUAGGAGAAGGUGGACGAAGUGGAGGAGGAGGAAGCGGAGGCGGAAGGAGGAGUAGGAGAAGAAGAGGAGGAGGAGGAGAAGGAGGAGGAGGUGAAGAAGAGGAAGAAGAAGAAGCAGUGGUGAGGCGAGGAGAAGGAGAAAGAGGAGAUGAGCUCGGUGGGUGACUCGACAAGUGCGGUGCUCGGCUGCUCGACGAAAGGCGGCAGAUAGCGCCAUUAGAAGAAAAGACCGACGCGUUGCUGGUACGAGAAACGCGAUGCCGAGCCGUUGCUCCGCGGCCCUGGCCCAAGAAGAGGGGGAGGAAGAAGAAGAGGAGGAGGAGGAGGAAGAGGAAGAGGAAGAGGGAGAGGACGAGGCCCACAGGCCCCGUCGACGUCGUCGACGAAGAAGAUCCUAUUGCUACCACCUCUUCUUCACCGUUCCUCUUGUCUUCUUCCUUUCGUCUCUUUCGAUCGCGGAUGCUUUGCCGUUUCAUCCUGUGCCGACGCACAAAGGGAUAACACGUAGAUCAUACAUCAGAUACUACGAGCCAGCAUCUUAUGACACGGUGGCAUUGAGACGUCAUCGUGACAGGACGCGUCGCGAUGUUUCCGAUUCUAUCGAAAAUCAACCUCUACUUUUACACUUGAAAGCAUUGGAUAGAUCGUGGACAAUACGAUUGAUUCGCGACGAUACUAUCUUCAGUAAGGACGUAACGUUCGAAGGCACUCAUGGCUCUAUACCAUUCGACGCAUCACAUUCAUAUACUGGCACCGUCCUUGAGGAUGAAAACGCAGUGGUACAGGGUGUGGUGACAACCGAUGGACUCUUCGAUGGUACGAUCGCGACUAAGUUCGAAGAGUUUUAUAUCGAACCAACUGCAAGAUAUCUGGAUGAGAACGAAGACACGUCUCCAACCUACCAUAGCAUCGCUUAUCGUACAUCCGAUGUAACCGUGCCUCCGCAUCCAUUGCCGUGUGCGAGUCAUCAAUUACACGAAGGCUCUCUUCGAGACAUAUUUGAUAGAGGCAAGACUUACAACGAUAGUUCAGAAGGAUUUUACGAGCCCUUGUUGGAUAAUAAAAUUGGUCUCUAUUCGAGAGAAAACCAUGGGAGAAUAUUGAAUUUGGAAACGAAGUACGAAGCUCGUUACUAUGACAGAUCUAGCGGAGAUCGAAUAGCCAGACAUUUACAUAAACGUGCGACAGUCGAUCCACGAAAAACAACUUGCAUGCUUUACUUGCAAGCUGAUCAUCAGUUUUUCGCUAGAUACGGCACGGAAGAAGCUUGCAUCGAAGUGAUGACGAGGCAUGUACAGAAGGUCAACUCCAUAUACAAACACACGGAUUUCAAUCAGGAUGGUAGACCGGAUAACAUCAGUUUCAUGAUAAAACGUGUGAAAGUUCAUAGCGAGGACGCUUUGAGGGAUCUCAAUUAUCGAUUUCCGGGUAAUUACGGUGUCGAGAAAUAUCUUGAAUUAUUUUCCGAGGAGGAUUACGAUGCAUUUUGUUUGGCUUACAUGUUCACGUAUCGGGACUUUGAAAUGGGAACGUUAGGUCUAGCUUGGACCGGAGAUUUGAAGAACGCUGGAGGAGUUUGCGAAAAGAACGGGCAUUAUCGUGGUAGCAUGAAGUCCUUGAAUACUGGAAUAGUGACCCUGCUGAACUACGGAAAGCACGUUCCACCCGCGGUAUCUCACGUCACAUUGGCACACGAGAUCGGUCACAACUUUGGUUCGCCGCAUGAUCCGGAACAAUGCACACCGGGCGGUGAAGAUGGAAAUUUCAUAAUGUUCGCCCGUGCAACCAGCGGCGACAAGCGUAACAACAAUCGCUUUAGUCCGUGUAGUUUGAACGCCAUAAAUCCUGUGCUCAACAGUAAGGCUCGUUCACCAAAAGGCUGUUUCACAGAACCACAAGUAUCAUUGUGCGGAAACGGAGUCGUCGAGGACGGCGAGGAAUGCGAUUGUGGAUGGGAAGAAGAUUGUAGAGAUACUUGUUGUUUCCCUCAACGUCGUUAUCCACCAACAGAAGAGACCCCAUGUACACUUACGCCACGUUCAGUGUGCAGUCCUAGUCAAGGUCCAUGCUGUACAGCUGAAUGCAAUCUCAGGUUUGGUGAUAAGUGUAGGGAUGAUAACGGUUGUCGCGAUGCUAGCUUUUGCGACGGUAGAUCACCCUAUUGUCCACCUUCAAUCAAUAAACCCAAUAAAACUAUUUGCAAUCGUGAAUUGGUUUGCUUCAUGGGGGAAUGCACCGGAAGCAUCUGCCUUGCAUAUGGAUUAGAAUCCUGUCAAUGUAUUCCUGGUCCUAAUGAUCCUCCAACUAAAGCUUGCGAACUUUGUUGUCGUUUACCGGGUGAAAAUCAACCAUGUCUAUCAUCCUUCGAUUGGAAUUCACCACCGUAUGAUAUUCCGGAUAUGUUCUCUAAACCUGGAACACCGUGUAAUGAUUAUAACGGUUACUGCGACGUCUUUCAAAAGUGUAGAGAAGUUGAUCCAAGCGGCCCAUUAGCAACGUUAAGAAAACUUUUAUUGUCCGAUGAAAGCCUCGCGACUGUACGUCGUUGGGUAGCCGAUCAUUGGUACGCAGCGGCUUUUAUCAUUUUAGGAGCUAUAUCUUUAUUGGUUGUCAGUAUGAGGCUCCUAGGCAAGCGACCGGAUCAGAAACUCAAAUCGGUGACAAUAAUCCACAGCUCGACGACGGAAACGGUACGGUUGCCGCCGGAAGGUGCGGAGGGAGUGACGGUUCAUCCGGCAGCCGUUCGUGCAAAGCUUCCACUGAGCAGGAAAGUGAGAGAGAAGAGAAGACACCGGAAGCAUAAGGACACGCAUGCUGCUUCGGUCGAUAAAUCAAACAAGGAUAUUUUAAAGAAAAAGAAACAAAUAUCGAACCGGAGAUCCUCAACAGUGCCGGCCGAGGAAGUUGCCCAACGGAAACGACCAACGGAAACGUCAAAUGCAACGACUGCUACCGUUACCACCGCUACUGCAACAGCAGCGGCAGCGGCAGCAGCAGCAACAGCCGUAAUGCAAGAUAACAAACGUAAGAAGACUUCAAACUCGAGGGAGAAGCAAAAUUUAUGUAACAAUGUACUCGGUAAUUCAGAGUUAGAUAAACGUAAACGGAAGAAGCAACAUAGAAAGGAAGUCAUUGAUUAUUCUGCAAUACAAGCGGAAAAAGAAGCCGAACCGAAUGCCGAUCCCAAGAACAAAGUACGAUCUUGGUUAUUAGCUUCGUCUCAGUGUAGAUUAGAGAGUACAAGAACGUCCAGUGGUUUACCAAAAAGUAAAUCGACGCCUGUAGGAUUGACGGCCGGUGGUGGUAACGUUACUGGUGCAACAAGAUUGGCUCAAUCAAGGCAAACCGGUGUUCCAAGAAGAACUCUGGACUCGAGAGAGGUCAAAAGUUCGCCAGGUACUUUAGCUAGGAAGGAACGAGCGAGACUUCAAGUUGUCUAUAAGCCGCCCUUCAAGUUUAGCGUGAAAUUACGUAAGGCCGAUAAAGUGGCUCAAGUGCCACCGCCGGCGCCAACUUCGGCGCACAAUAAUCUCACGAGAUCCACGAAAUUGCCGAGAACCGGUGUGUUACUUAAAACUAAGAGAAGAGACAGAGUUAGAAUCGGUAGAGCCAGACAGAUAGCCCCUACUGGAAUAGGAAACGAUAGUGGAGAUUUGCCAGAGCCUGCUAAUUCGGAUCUACAUACGGUACCCUCAGAUUUAGAGGUUCUGCUUUCUGAAAGUGAAUUUCUAUUCUCGGACACGUGACCCCAAAAAUCGAUAAUACUUUAUCUCUAAAAAUUACUCGCGUCCACCUACCUACUCAUUACUUUCCUCCAUUACUCAGCAAAAGAAAAUUUCUCAUUUUCUUCUUCAAUAUCUUCAUUAAUAGGUAAAAAACCAGAUAGCACGAGAUAUGCUACCUACACUUUCUUUUUUAUUUUUUUUUCUUUUCUAUUUCUUUUCUCUCCUCUUGUCUUCCGAGUUAGGUUUAAGUUGAGAAAGAACAAUCGAGUGUGGCUGUCCAUUAAAUGGAUAUUUAAGGGACGUGUUAAAAGUGUAUAACAAGAUUUAUAUAAUAAUGUGAACGUGGGUGAAAGAAAUGCGAUAAUUCUUUUUUUUUUUUAUUAUUAUUAUUUUUUUUAUUUGUUCAUUCUUUAUAUUUUUUUUCUUUUUUUUUUAGAAAAUUUAGCGAUCCUAUUACUUAUUUACUUACUAUCUAUUUACAUACAUACUGGUGUUUAAUUUCAUUAUCAGUAUUAAACACCAAGCCAAGAAAAGAUUUCUUCUUUUAUAAAAAGGGGCCAAAUCUACCUUUAAAAAGACUAGAAGAAAUAUAUAUCGAUGGAGUUGAAUGAUUAAGAAAAGAGAAAAUAAAGAAGAAGAAGAAGAAGAAGAAAGGAAAAAAAAGUUAUAAACAAAAACAAAGAAGCAAAAAAGAAGAGGAGAAGUUGUAAAACUAUGCCAGAGUGUUCGUUUAUUUGCAGUUUGUAUUUUAUGAAAAGAAAGAAAGAGAGAGAAAGAGAGAGAGAGAGAGAGAGAGAGAGAGAGAGAGAGCGCAUAUAUAAAUUUCUCCAUUAUAUAAUAUUCGUUUAUAUACGAAAUGAAGCGUUGCCUAUAAAGACAAAAGAUAAACCUUUCCUCUUAAAAAAAAAAAAAAAAAAAAAAAAAAAAAAAAAAAAAAAAAAUUAAAAGAAAAAAGAAAUGAAAAUGACGUGUAAUUUGCUACGUAUUCAUUUUUAUAUCGUCGAUAACGUAAACACUUUUCGAUACUACCGAUAAACUAUCGCGAUUGUCAUGAUUAAAAGAAGAAAAAAAUAGGGGAAUUAUUAUAAUAAUGAUAAUAAUAAUAAUAAUUCUUUGUUUAUCUUUUUUUUUCUUUAUUUCUUUUUUGCUCGUAAUUUCUUUUCCUUCUUUUUUUUUUUAUUUUUUUUUAUUUUUUUAUUUUUUUUUAUUUUCUUUUUUUACAACAGCGACUGUGACUGUCCAAGACUGUUUCCUAUUCGAAAGCAUUUUCUAUCGAUUUUCUAUCGAACUAUCCUCAAACUGCCUAAGUAGUUGUUUCGAUGGAGUUUUCCUAAUGGUUCCUAUUAAUCAGCGAAAUAUCUGAUAACUUCGAACAAUAGCUUUGCGCCGAUGAUGAUGAUGAUGAUUUGCUCGUUCUCGUUCCAAUUGUCAGAUUGUCUCAAAAUUCGAGAUAAACCUUAAACAUUUUUUAUGUUUGCUCGGUCUAAGUUUUGUAUCAAACUUUUUUUAUACCGAGUAAGUGAAAGGUAUAUAGAAAAUUUGGGACGAUCAUUGCUUUUACAUAUCGAGAUAUACAUAUUAUUCUAUAAACUAUAUCUACGUUUAGCAAACUCGUUUUAUUCAGUCCAGUGACUUCCAUUUUUAUAAAAACACAUACAAUAUAUAUAUAUAUAUAUAUAUAUAUAUAUAUAUAUAUAUAUAUAUAUAUAUAUAUAUAUAUAUAUAUAUAUAUAUAUAUAUAUAUAUAUAUAUAUAUAUAUACAUAUCAGAUGUAUUGAAGUUAAAACUUAUUAGCUAGAAAAAAAUUUACAAUCAAAUAUGAUAUCAUUCGUUCUCACCGACAUAUAUUACCAUAUUUUAUUAGGGUGCUAAUAAUAAUUAUUAAAAGUAAAAAAAAAUAAUAAUAAUUUUGCUUUAAUUAUAUUACUUAUAUGUAUAUGUAUUUCGUGUGCUUUCAAAUAUUUCAUCGGAGGAGGAUGAUUUACGAGAAACUUAAUUUAUAUUGAGGAAGAACGAAUAUCGAAUGUUUGUUAAUACUUAAGUUUACUGACGUUUUAACUGUAAUUCAUUUCAUUUAACAAAUUGUUUUUUGUUUUCGUUAUUCGAGAAAAGCACAUAAAUUGUGCCGCAAUUUGUGCGCGAUCGUUACUUUAUAUAUAUAUAUAGGGAAGAAAAAAAGAAGUCAUACAUACCUACAUACACAUACACACACACAUAUGCACACACGCACGCACGUACACACGUGCAUACGGGUUUAUAAGAGAAUGUCUCGUUUAGAGUGAUCGAGAGGAUAUAUAGAAUAGAUCUAAUUUUCCUUUGAUGAUAUUAAAAAUCAAUUACUCUUUUUCGAAAGACUUUAAAGAACAAAUUCUUUUUUCUUUUUUUUGGUCAAAUUGUAAAACUGCAAAUACAGCUUGUUAAACUAUCAAUCUAACUACAAUCCUAAUCUUGAAAGGGAAUAAUUGAUUUUUAGUGUCACGUAAGAACUUUUGGAUCAUUCUGUAUAAUGCUUAUAUAUCCUAUUGUAAUCGCUAAAGUAAAAAUAAGAAAGUGAGAGAGAAUGAGAGAGAGAGAGAGAGAGAAAGAGAGGAAGAGAGAAAGAGAAAGACAAAUUGAUUAUUAAGUGUGACACAGAUGCGGGCUACUUUGUACAUACAUAUAUACGUACAUACAUGCAUACAUACAUAAAGCGUGAAAAAAAAUGUGAUUUUACUUUUACAUGACCAGUGCUGCACAUACACAUACACGCUAAUGCACGAACAUACACACAUACACUAAUUACACAGGAGCACUCAUUUAAUCCGCGAGGAUAUGUGAUUUUACUUUUAAGACCAAUCCGUGCUAAGUCGUUUUUUACAGUUAGGAAUUUCUCCGAUAGGAGGGCCAGUAACGCAAAAAAAUAAAAUAAAAAUGAAGAAGAGAAGAUGAAAAAAAAAACGUAUCAUACUCCCAUUCACUUUUAAGGAUCCGCUUGUUGUGCCUAACUUGCGCGUCGAUCAAAAAAGUGACCAUUAAUAAAUAAUAAAUAAUAAUAAAUAAUAAAUAAUAAUAAUAAUAAUAAUAAUAAUAAUAAUAAUAAUAAUAAUAAUAAUAAUAAUAAUAAUAAUAAUAAUAGGAGUAAGAAUAUACUAGGAAAUCGUCUUAAAGACGUUCUUGUAAAAGAAAAUAAAAAGAGGAAUGAAUGAGAAAGAGAGCGGCGGAAAGAGUUGGGGCAAAAUGGAAAAGAGAGGAUUAGUAAGAAAAAUUAAAUUUUCUUACUGAAUGAAAAAAAUUGAAAAGAAAAAAAAAAGAAAUAAAUAAAAAACAGGGAAGUCAAAGUUGUGAUGGAUCGUUUCGUGAUAUUUCACGUGAAAGAUAAAUACGAACGUGACCCCGUAUAAAUUCGCUUUAUUCGUUGAAUUUUGCGUGUGUUGUUAGAGAUACGCCGAUAGGGGGCCGAGCGUAUUAUUAUUGUAAUAAUCGGUGAAUUUAGUAGAGAUAAUUAGGCCCAGAGACUUUAUAAAUGUGUUGAAAUUUCACGUAGUAACAGUCGUCGUAGAUUUACUAUCUCGUGGCAUAUCGUUAUUAGUGGAGGACGCCUCUGUAAACGAAAAAAAAAGAAAGAAAGAAAGAAAAAAAAAGAUAUAAAUUUUUGAUUAUAAAACGACGAAGAAAUUUCUUUAUUAAUUUUUUUUUGUCUCGUCUUCUCGAUCUAAUUCGUCGUAAUUAAAAACACUUUCGUAUACAGUGUAUUAUAUUAAUCGAGAAAUUGAUUGAUUUUUUUUUCUCUAAUUGUGACACUAAAAGAAAACAAAAAAAGAAAGAAAGAAAUGAAAUUAAUCGAUGAAAAAUCACACUUUCGUAAUUUUUAGGAAUCAAUCAUUCGAAACGUUCGAGCGGUCUUCCUCGUGUCGUUUUUUUUUUUUUACUUUUCUCUUCGAUUCUCUUAUUUUUGUAUCCUUUUUUUUGUUUUUUUUUGAUAAUAGGAUCGUUAUAACUCGUAUAACUAAGAAAAAAAAUAAAAAUAAAAUAAUAUAAUAAUUUUCUUCGAUUAGAUACGAUUUCAUUGAAGAACGAACGACGAUGACGACGACAACGACGACGAUGACGAUGACGAUGACGAAAACGAUAAAGAGUAAACGAGGCAAGACCGCUUUCGUUUAUAAUCUAUCGAAUACUAUUAAUCUAUAUAAGAUUGGGCUGCUGUAUUUUUACACGGACUUUGUACAAAUAACAAAAGCCGUAAAGGUGACGCCUUUCCGUGCGACAUGUAUAUAUAUACCUAUGUACUAAUAAAUAAUGGGCGAAA